UCCUACAGCUCCAGCGAGACGCUCCAGGCCUUUGACCAUGACCCUUCACGAAUGUUGUUUGGAGGCAGAGUCAAGGAGAUGGUCCACAAGGAGAGUGCAGAGUACAGCAGGCCAGGGCAGACAUUUUCGUUGAGGCAGCUCGGGAUCUGUGAGCCACCGGCUCGCAGAGGCUUGGCGCUAUGCCCUGAGACGGGCCUCUCCCACCCACUCAGCAGCUACUCCAGAGGACCAGUCGCUACAGAAAACCAUGAACCUGUUUCACCGGAACGUACCAUGACUCUUUGGGGAACGGGGGCAAAGUCUGGGCAGAAUUCAUGCCUCUCCAGUCGCUCUAACUCGGCGCUCACACUCACUGACACGGAAAUGGACAAUAAAUCGGACAAUGAGAUGGGUGAUCAUCUGUCUAGUCAGCAAGGCCCACCACCUCUCCCACCAGCCCCGCCCCCACACAAGCAGCAUCCGUCCAUCACGUCCCUGAGCCGCAGCUCACUGGCCAAUCAGAGGAGCCCGAGCCCGCCGCCCACAGCCGGCCUGGCGGCCGACUUGCAGAGUACGGCAGAAUGCGUCCAGCUGCAGGACAGCUGGGUCCUGGGCAGCAAUGUUGCCCUGGAGAGCAGGCACUUUCUUUUUAAAACGGGCACAGGAACGACACCUUUCUUUGGCGCAGCAGCCCCUGGUUACACCAUGGCAACGGGGACGGUUUACUCCACACCGGCACGCCCUCUGCCCAGAAACAGCCUGUCCAGAGGGGCUUUCAAGUUCAAGAAGUCACCUAAACACUGCUCCUGGAAGUGCACCGCCCUGAUCGCUGUUGGCAUAGCCGUGGUGCUGUCCAUCAUUCUCUGCUACUGCAUAGCAAUGCACCUUUUCGGCCUCAAUUGGCAGCUCCAAGAGUUGGACAACCAGCCGGCUUUUGAAAACGGAGGAGUUGGGAAGACAGGGCCCACUCAGUCGAGCAUAGUGACAGCUCUGGCUGCUGACGGGAGGACUAGUGUGCUCCAUCAGGAGAACAACUCAAUCGAUACCGGACAAGUCGACGUAGGGAAGAGGGUGGGUCAGAGCGUCCCACCUGGUGUGUUCUGGCGUUCUCAACUAAGCAUGGACCAACCACGCUUCCUCAAGUUCAAUAUCUCGGUACAGAAGAACGCACUGAUUGGAGUCUAUGGACGAAAGGGUCUUGCGCCAUCUCACACGCAGUAUGACUUUGUGGAGCUAUUGGAUGGCAGCCGGCUUAUCGCUAAAGAGCAUCGGACUCCGAGCGAACCUGAGACAAGGUCCCGCCUGGAUCAUCCGGUUGCCGUCCACCAAGCCGGAUUCAUCCAGUACCUGGACUCAGGGGUGUGGCACCUGGCGUUUUAUAAUGACGGACGGAGCGUGGAGGCAGUGUCCUACAACACCAUUAUACAGGACUCUGUCAUGGAGUGCACACACAACUGUUACGGGAACGGAGAGUGUGUGGCGGGAUCGUGUCACUGCUUCCCAGGAUUCAUAGGGCCAUACUGUUCCAGAGCCGCCUGUCCAGUCCUGUGCAGCGGUAACGGCCAGUACACCAGGGGGCGCUGCCAGUGCUACAGUGGCUGGAAGGGCACCGAGUGUGACGUUCCUGCCUCCCAGUGUAUCGACCCUCAGUGCGGGGGACACGGACACUGUGUGGCGGGCAACUGUGUGUGCAACUCUGGCCACAAAGGGACCAACUGUGAGCAAGUGGAUUGCGUGGACCCGGCGUGCUCCGGUCACGGAGCCUGUCAUCAUGGUGAGUGCCACUGUAACCCGGGCUGGGGCGGGAUCAGCUGCGAAAUCCUGAAGAGCACUUGUCCAGAGCAGUGCUCCAGUCACGGCACCUUCAACACCGACUCGGGAACCUGCAUCUGUGAGGCCAACUGGACAGGGGCCGACUGCUCCAUAGAGGUGUGUGUGGUGGACUGCGGUCCCCACGGCUCGUGCAUCAGCGGCGUGUGUCACUGCGAGGAAGGCUGGACAGGACCAGAAUGUGAGCAGAGGGACUGUCACCCACGCUGCAUCGACCACGGAGUCUGCCGAGAGGGCAAGUGUGACUGCCACCAGGGCUGGACGGGUGAACACUGCACCAUCGCCCUGGAUUCCAGAGUAUCAGGAGCAGUCAAGAUAGGAUAUAAAGACGGCUGCCCCGGGCUCUGCAACAACAACGGGAGGUGCGUCCUGGAUCAAAACGUCUGGCACUGCAUCUGCCAGUCAGGGUGGAGAGGGCUGGGAUGCGAUGUAGCGACCGAAACGCUCUGCUCAGAUGGCAAGGAUAAUGAGGGAGAUGGGCUCAUCGACUGCAUGGACCCAGACUGCUGCACUCAAAUCUCCUGCCAGGGUCAGACCUACUGUCGUGGCUCACCUGACCCCACUGCCAUCGCAGGCCAGGGCCAGAGUUCAGCCGCCCAGCCCACAUCGAAAGGCUUUUAUGACCGUGUCAGUUUUUUGAUUGGUCCCAGCGGCAGUCAUGUGAUACCCUGGGAUAACCCGUUCAACAGCAGCCUGGCAUCAGUCAUCCGGGGUCAGGUCCUCACGGGAGACGGGACGCCGCUGAUUGGAGUCAACGUGUCUUUUCUGCACUAUCCAGAGUACGGCUACACCACCACGCGGCAGGAUGGCAUGUUUGACCUCCUGGCCAAUGGCGGUGCUUCUUUGACACUGAGUUACGAGCGUGCCCCGUUCCCCACGUUGCACCGCACAGUGUGGCUGCCCUGGAACGUUUUCCAUGUGAUGGACACCGUGGUGAUGAAGCGGGAAGAAAACGACAUCCCCAGCUGCUACCUGACCGGCUUGUUCAGACCCAACCCCCUCAUCCUGGCCACGCCCCUCUCCACAUUAUACAAGACCUCCCCGGAGGACAGUCCCAUCAUCCCAGAGACCCAGGUCCUUCAUGAGCAAGUGGCCAUACCAGGCAGUGACCUUAACCUGGUCUACCUGAGCUCCAGGGCAGCUGGCUACAAGCCCAUCCUCAAGGUGCUCCUGACCCAGGACCGUCUCCCCUUUGGCCUGAUGAAGGUCCACCUGAUGGUGGCCGUCAUGGGCCGUCAGUUCCAGAAGUCUUUCCCUGCUUUCCCCGACCUCUCCUACACCUUCAUCUGGGAUAAAACAGACGCCUACAAUCAGAAGGUCUUCGGCCUGGCAGAGGCUGUGGUGUCAGUGGGAUAUGAAUAUGAGUCCUGCCUUGAUGUGGUGCUGUGGGAGAAGAGGACGGCGGUGUUACAAGGCUAUGAACUGGAUGCCUCCAACAUGGGAGGGUGGAUGUUAGACAAACACCACAUAUUGGACAUUCAGAAUGGCAUUCUUUACAAAGGCAGUGGGGAGAACCAGUUCAUCUCUCUCCAGCCCCCUGUGAUCUCCACUGUCAUGGGGAACGGGCGGCGCAGAAGCAUAUCAUGCCCCAGCUGUAAUGGACAGGCCCAAGGCAACAAGCUGUUGGCGCCGGUGGCUCUGGCAUGGGGCAUCGAUGGAAGUCUGUAUGUUGGAGAUUUCAACUACAUCCGCCGCAUCUACCCAUCUGGCAAUGUCACAAGUAUCAUGGAGCUCAGCAACAACCCUGCACACCGGUAUUACCUGACAACUCACCCAGUAACUGGCCAGCUGUAUGUGUCAGACACAAACUCCCGGAGAAUCUACCGACCGAAAAUCUUAACCGGGACCAAGGAUCUGCAGUCGAACACAGAGGUGGUGGCAGGAACUGGUGAACACUGUCUGCCCUUUGAUGAGAACCACUGUGGGGACGGAGGCAAAGCUCCAGAGGCGUCUCUCACUGGACCCAAAGGCAUCGCCGUGGACAAGAAUGGGCUGAUUUAUUUUGUUGAUGGCACCACGAUCCGAAAGGUGGAUCAGAACGGCAUCAUCUCCACUUUCCUUGGUUCCAAUGACCUGACAUCGGCCCGCCCUCUGACCUGUGACAACAGCAUGGACAUCAAUCAGGUGAUUUUGGAGUGGCCCACAGACCUAGCAAUUAGCCCCAUGGACAACUCACUAUAUGUCCUGGACAACAAUAUAGUGCUACGCAUCACAGAGAACGGUCAAGUGAGCAUCGCAGCUGGCCGGCCUAUCCACUGCCCACUGGCUGGACUGGAGCGCGGAGUGGCAGGUGGUCAGAGGGCGCAGUUAACCCCUCUAGAAUCUGCUGUUUCCAUCUCCGUAUCUUUCCACGGUGCCAUUUACAUAGCGGAGACAGAUGAGCGAAAGAUGAGCAGGAUCCGGAAGGUUUCUGUGGAUGGAGAGAUAACGCAUUUGGCGGGAGCUCCCUCUGACUGCGAUUGCAAGAAUGAUGCCAACUGUGACUGUUACCAGACAGGGGAUGGCUAUGCCAAAGAUGCAAGGCUCAAUGCUCCAUCUUCUUUAGUGGCAGCUCCAGAUGGAACACUCUACGUGGCAGACCUGGGCAACAUCCGCAUCCGGGCCAUCUAUAGAAACGGGCCAACUUUGACUUCCAGUGCCAGUACGUAUGAGGUGGCUUCCCCUGAUGCCCAGGAGCUGUAUGUGUUUGACAGCAACGGCACCCACCAACACACUGCAAGCCUCCUCACCGGAGACUUAAAAUAUACUUUCAGCUACAGCACAGAGAAUGACAUCACGGCUGUUACCGAUAGCAGCGGCAACACCUUGAGGAUACGCAGAGAUCCUAACCGCAUGCCGGUGCGUGUCGUCGCCCCUGACAACCAGGUGAUUUGGCUGACUAUGGGCACCAAUGGCAGAUUGAAAACUCUUACAGCGCAGGGCCAGGAGCUGGUGCUUCUUACCUACCAUGGUAACAAUGGCCUGCUGGCCACGAAGACAUCAGAGAUUGGCUGGACAACUUUCUAUGACUAUGACAGUGAGGGACGGCUAAUGAAUGUGACGUUCCCCACUGGAAUGGUGAAUAACUUGUACACAGACAUAUACAGCGCUUUGACGGUGGACAUUGAGAGCUCCAUGACAGAGGAGGAAAUCAGCAUCACCACGAAUACCUCAACCAUUCGUGCCUUCUACACUCUGGCUCAGGACCAAUGUAGAAGUAGCUAUCAGGUUGGCUUUGACAACUCGCUGAGGAUUACCUAUGCCAACGGGAUGGACACCCACUACCAGACAGAGCCCCACAUCCUGGCAGGCGCUGCCAACCCAACUGUAGCCAGACGCAACAUGAGCUUGCCAGGGGAGAGUGGGCAGAACUUGGUUGAGUGGCGCUUCCGCAAAGAACAAGCCAGAGGGAAAGUUAUCGUGUUUGGACGCAAGCUUAGGGUGAAUGGGCGGAACAUACUCUCUGUCGAUUAUGAUCGCACCCUGAGGACAGAGAAGAUUUAUGAUGACCACAGGAAGUUCCUCUUAAAGAUUAUAUACGACACAGCAGGCCACCCGGUGCUCUGGGUGCCCAGCAGUAAGCUACUGCCGGUUAAUGUGAGCCGCACAAGCAGCGGGCAAAUCAGUGCCCUGCAGAGAGGUCCCACCACUGAGAGACUCGAGUAUGAUAGCCAGGGCCGCCUGGUUUCCAGGGUGUUUGCUGAUGGGAAGAUAUGGAGUUACACCUACCUAGAGCAGUCCAUGGUUCUCCUGCUCCACAGUCAGCGCCAGUACAUAUUUGAUUUCGACUCUCUGGACCGGCUUUCUGCUGUCACCAUGCCAAGUGUGGCGCGCUACACAAUGCAGACCAUCCGUUCAGUGGGUUACUACAGGAACCUCUACCACCCCCCGGAGAGCAACGCCUCAGUGGCUGUGGACUACAGUGAAGAUGGCCUCCUACUGAGGGUAGCUCACCUCGGUACAGGACGCAGGGUCCUGUACAGGUAUCGCCGGCAGAAUAAACUUUCAGAGAUACUGUACGACAGCACAAGGGUCAGCUUCACCUAUGACGAGAUGGCGGGUGUGCUGAAGACCGUCAACCUGCAGAAUGAAGGUUUCAUCUGCUCCAUUCGUUAUCGCCAAGUGGGUCCCCUGGUGGACCGACAGAUUUUCCGCUUCAGCGAGGAUGGCAUGGUCAAUGCACGUUUUGAUUACACCUAUGACAGCAGUCUGCGUGUCACCAGUGUGCAAGGUGUCAUCAACGAAACACCGCUACCCAUCGAUCUAUACCAGUUUGAUGACAUCUCAGGAAAAGUUGAGCAGUUUGGAAAGUUUGGGGUGAUCUACUAUGAUAUAAAUCAGAUCAUCUCCACUGCAGUCAUGACCUAUACCAAGCACUUUGAUGCACACGGACGCAUCAAGGAGAUCCAGUAUGAGAUCUUUCGUUCACUCAUGUACUGGAUCACUUUCCAGUAUGAUGAUGUGGGCCGAGUCACCAAGCGGGAGAUCAAGAUUGGUCCCUUUGCCAACACCACCAAGUACAGCUAUGAGUAUGACGUGGAUGGCCAGCUCCAGACCGUAUACUUGAAUGACAAAGUGAUGUGGCGCUAUACGUAUGACCUUAAUGGAAAUCUGCACCUGCUGAAUGCAGGAAACAGUGCUAGACUUCUCCCUCUGCGCUAUGACUUGAGAGACCGCAUCACCCGCCUUGGUGAUAUCCAAUACAGAAUGGAUGAAGACGGUUUCCUUCGUCAGAGAGGAGCAGAAAUCUUUGAGUACAACUCUAAAGGGCUCUUGGUUCGGGUCUACAGCAAGAGCGGUGGCUGGACGAUUCAGUAUCGCUAUGAUGGACUCGGCCGCAGAGUCUCCACCAAAACCAGCUUGGGCCAACACCUGCAGUAUUUCUACGCAGACCUGAGCUACCCAGCCAGGAUUACACAUGUAUACAACCACUCCAGUUCAGAGAUCACCUCGCUCUACUAUGACCUCCAAGGCCAUCUCUUUGCUAUGGAGAUCAGCAGCGGGGAGGAGUUCUACAUUGCCUGUGAUAACACUGGCACACCUCUGGCUGUCUUCACCAGCAACGGACUCCUCGUCAAACAGCUCCAGUACACGGCAUACGGUGAGGUCUACUUCGACUCAAACCCAGACUUCCAGCUCGUGCUAGGGUUUCACGGAGGACUGUAUGACCCCCUGACCAAACUGCUGCACUUUGGGGAGCAGGAUUAUGAUAUAAUGUCUGGAAGGUGGACUGUUCCAGAUGUCUCUACUUGGAAAAAAGUUGGCAGAGAGCCUGCUCCUUUUAAUUUAUACAUGUUUAGAAAUAACAACCCCAUCAGCAAAGUCCAUGAAGUGAGAGAAUAUGUUGCAGAUGUGAACAGCUGGCUCGUAACCUUUGGCUUUCAUCUUCACAACACCAUUCCUGGGUUUCCAGUCCCAAAAUUUGAUUUAAGCAUGCCGUCCUAUGAACUGAGGAAGAGUCAGCUCUGGGAUGAUCUGCCGUCUAUCUCUGGGGUCCAGCAGGAAGUAACCAGACAAGCCCACUCGCUCUUGUCAUUCGAGCGGCUGCCAGAGGUCCAUCUCAGUCGAGGUCGCAGAGGUGAAAAGUCUUGGCUGUGGUUCUCAGCAGCAAUGUCUCCCAUCGGAAGAGCUGUUAUGUUUGCCAUCUACAAGGGCAGCAUCCAUACUCACACACUCAACGUGGCCAGUGAGGACUGUAUCAAAGUUGCGACAAUCCUCAACAACGCGUUCUAUCUGGAAGACCUCCACUUCACUAUAGAAGGACGGGACACGCACUACUUUGUCAAGCCAGGCCUUCCGGACGCAGACCUCGCUGCGUUGCACCUCACUAGUGGACACAAGACUCUGGAGAACGGUGUCAAUGUGACCGUCUCCCAGUCCACCACAGUCAUGGAUAGUCGGACUCGCCGUUUUGCAGAUGUGGAGAUUCGUGCCGGCGCUCUAGCUCUUCAUAUCCGCUAUGGAUCCACGGUGGACGAGGAGAAAGCGCGAGUUGUUGAGCUCGCUCGUCAGCGCGCCCUUGCGGGGGCGUGGGCAAGAGAACAGCAACGAGUGCGAGAUGGCGAGGAGGGGGUCCGCCCCUGGACAGAGGGGGAGAAGAGGCAGCUUCUGAGUAGUGGAAAAGUUUUGGGCUAUGAUGGGUACUACGUGCUCUCUAUCGAGCAGUACCCAGAGUUAGCAGACAGCGCUAAUAACAUCCAUUUUCUUCGGCAAAGUGAAAUUGGGAAAAGGUAACAAUACGAGGUGCAUUUUCUGCCAAAGAGACUUCAUUUUGGUAGAGACAUACUAGCGGACAA